AUGGAUGGCCUGUUGACCGCCGUCAAGACUGUCAAGAGGGAUCAAGAGACCCCCUUGGUUACUGCUGAAACAGAAAGUCGCAGAGAUGGCCUCAAACCCGUCAUCGACCUCAAUCACGACAUAUCUCCGAAUCGGAUCAUAGAUGUUUUGAAGUCCCACCCAGACCGACAAGAGCUCGUCGCAGUUCUUGCUGCACUUGACCCAUUCAAUACAUCAAGAAGGACUCAAGGACUCGAUAUUCGAGCUUCAAACCCGACUACAGCUCAAGUCCUCCAAGUUUUAGUCAGCACCACCAUCCCGGACCAUUGGGCAUCACUCAAUACAAAAGAGGAAGGAAUCAGAGAUACCAAGGCCCGUGCAGCGAUUCUGCGGUGUUUGAGCAGUGUACCUGGCCUAGGCUCCUUGGUUGCUCAGUUGCGGUCUCUUAUAGCAUCGGCCCGAGCCAAUUCCCAACAAGCGAAUGGUUCAAACAACUCGCUCGCUAUUCAUGAUUUGCUGUCGGUUCUUGCUGCUUUAUUAGAGCCGAAAGACCUUUUAUUUCGAAUCUUCUCAGAUAUUGCGACUGUCUACGACAACCAAACCAAGCAGCAGGUUGCGUGGCGAGAGUUUGUGUCUCUUGUUGGCGCUGGUAAAAUCCUUUCAACGACCGCAGAAGCCAUCGGCGUUGCCACUCAGUCCGAGUCUGAAAUUGCACCGUCGAUCUCAUGGCUUGGAGAGGGGCCUCGCUAUGCAUCCUGGCUUGGUAGCAGUGUCGCCCAUCUAGCUUCGAAGCUCAGCUUAGAUGACAGGGAAGCAUGGCGCUCUGCUGCCUUUUUGACGGGCCGUGGCUUAAGUCUUGGUUAUUCUGACCAGCUUGUUCGAGGAAUCUACACAGCUCUUCUCCUCGACCAGCAAAUCGUGGGACAGUUCGGAUUGCUCCUCGACAACCUCAAACAGUCGGAACAAUUCUCUUUGCUAGAAGCUAUAUUCCGCGAUAUACAGAAACGCUAUCUCUCCGACACCAUCUCCGAGAGUUACGAGCAGCCAGCCACGGGCAAUGAUAUCAUCACAGGAGUAGCGACGAUGUGUUCUGCUUUUCUUGACGGUCGCCCAACCCUGAAAAAUCAGAUCUCAGAAUGGCUUUGCAAAUGCACGGGCGGCUCAAUACAAACCAUAGGAUUGCGCCGGGCCCUUUUGGCCACAUACCGUGACUCGGCUGAUUCACUCAAAUCAUUACUAGUGCGCAGCCUGGAGCAAUUUGGUGACAAGUUCUCCAUCAAACACGUUCCUAUAAUCACCCAGAAUGCAAAUGCACAGCUUAUUCUUCUGACUGCUGGUCAUUUGAGAGGCCUCGAUCCAUCCCUCGUCAAGGAUGUUGGACGCACGGGCAUCUUUCUCAAUGCGGUAUCUACCCGACUUGCGGCAUCUUCAAACAGAGCACGAUUCCUCGGCAUGAUUGUUGGUACCGGUAUCUCAGAGAUCAUUGAAGAGCCAGAAAAGGCGCUCAAGUUCGAUAUCGAAGAAAUGCGGAAUGAGGAAGCACGCUGUGCUCCAGCACCCUCAGACAAAAGCGGAAGAGAAAGCACAGAGGCCCCAGCCAGCCCGCAGCAAAAAGCCCGCAGCGCGCCGGGACAGCAACAAACUAGCAAGAUUGUUGCCAUAGAGGAAAUCGACGACGACGAAGACGAAACUGAUGAAGAUGAAGAUCUCAUGCCUUAUGAUAAACCCGAUGAGGAUGCCGAGGACGACGACGAGGACCCAACUCUAGUUCAACGGAACAAACCCACAGCCCCAGUAUACAUCCGGGAUCUUAUCACGUACCUACGAGAUACAGAAAAUGUCGAGCGUCAUCACCUCGCCAUUUCGACUGCGCCCUCUUUGAUCCGCCGCAAGACUGGCUUUGGCAGCGAGCUCGCCGAGCAAGUCGAGGAAUUGGCUCUGACUAUAGUGGGGCUUAACAAUGACAAUAGUCAUCCACAGUUCCACGAGUCGCGCCUCCAGAGUAUGAUUGCAUUGAUUGUUUCUCAGCCUCUCAAAAUGGGUCGUUGGUUUACUGCCAUCUUCUUCGAUGGCGACCUGUCUCAGGUCCAACGGUCAGCUGUUCUCACAGCCCUGGGUCUCAGUACCCGCGAAGUAGCUGGAAAUGGCGAGGAAGAUGCUCAAGUUCUGGGUCUCCCGAAGUUGCAGGAUACCUCUUUUCCGUCUAAGCGUUUGUCUCCUGCCUUGGAAGCCAUGUUCUUGGAUUCAAAGAACGAGUCUCCAAUUGCGACAUUGACAAGAGAGAUGUCACGUACUUCGCUUCAACCAUUGGCAGCUAACGCUGCAGACGAAAUGUCGGGUCCCAACGCCUUGAAGGUACGGACCUUCUCGUCUCGUAUGGAGGUCGAGAAGAAGCGCCAGGAUCGUGAUGCCCAGAGACAGAAGAAAAUGGUAAAAGAUCUCCAUAAAGUCCUUGCCGAGGGCUUUUUCUAUCCUCUUCAGGGGAGGUUCGAAAUCAUGAUGCUACAAUUCUCCACAUCAUCCUCUCCUUCCUACAACCCUUUCUUUGUUCCGCACAUCCUCACCCUCUUUAUCCAGACGCUUUCUCUCAUUGUUUCUACAGCUGGCCCGCACACUCCGUUCCUACCGGGUCUCACCCAUGAAACCCUUUCGCUUCUCCUUUCCUUACACACAAAUCCUGUGUCUAGUGAGCCGACCGUCGCCGCAGCUUUGCUGAAUCUCUUCCUCGCCAUCUUGGAUCUUAACGUUGCCACUGGGUCUAACGGCGAAGAGCGCCUGGUCAAUGAGUACGCAUCUCAAGUGAUCGAGCUACGUGAAUGGGCAUCUGAAGUAUUCGACCGGAUGCCUUCUGGUGGUAAAGCAAACUCCACUGCCGAUCCACAGGAGCAGGUGCGAACGCUGGCUGCGGGCGUUAUGGUCAGACUGGGAGAACUCAUGGAGCGGUACCAGGGUCGCUUGAUGGGCGUCAAUCCGGGUUUCAAAUACUGA